CUGAAUGAGAUUGAAGAAGAGUUCUUCUUGUUUUGUAGCUUCAGUUUCUCUGUUUUUAGACAAAAAUACCAAAAGUUAAUAUAAAAUACAGGGACAAAAUUAGGGCUGAGUGGGAAGGAGUCCAUCGGAGCUGUUCGUAUGCUCUUAUUCCAUCGUGGAUCGGCUUCUUUUAGAUAUUUAUUUAAUUAAUCUAGAGGAGGACUGCUGCUGAGGCAGCACAGAGGGGUGGAGUUCAGUCCCACAGCAGGUGCGGCACUUUAAUGCUUCAGUUGGAUGGUUUUCCUACUGGAGACGCUGUUAAGGCUGAUCGAUCGGCUGGCAGACUGACUAGAUCCAUGAUGGAAUUACAGACGCUACAGGAGGCUCUGAAGGUAGAGAUACAGAUCCAUCAGAAACUGGUGGCACAGAUGAAGCAGGACCCACAGAAUGCGGAUCUGAAGAAGCAGCUGCAUGAACUCCAGGCCAAGAUCACAGCGCUCAGUGAGAAGCAGAAAAAGGUGGUGGAGCAGCUGAGAAAGGAGCUGUUGGUGAAGCAGGAGCCAGAGCCGAAGCUGCAGGUUCAGAGUGGAACGAUCACAGCAGAGGUCAAACCUGCAGGAAUCCUCCAGGCAGCACAGGUCACUGCCGGGAUCACACAGACAUUGACAGUGACCCCUGUGCUCACUGCAAAGACUCUACCUCUGGUGUUGAAAGCAGCCACAGCACCGACUUUGACCGGGUCGGUCCUGUCCCAGCGGCCUGCCACUGUCGCCAUGGUAACCACAGCGAUCACCAAACCGGACCAGAACACCCCCAUCAACCUGCAGGUGGCCAGCAAACUGACCAAUCAGAGUGGAGAGCCAGUUCGGCUGGUGACCAAGAACGCCAUGGUGGUGCAGGCCACCACCACCAACGCGCAGCCAAUCAAAGUUCCUCAGUUUGUCCCUCCUCCUAGACUGACGCCUCGACCCACCUAUCAGCCACAGGUCAGGCCCAAACCGGUCACACCCACAAACGUCCCGAUUGCCCCAGCCCCACCUCCUCCCAUGAUGGCCGCCCCACAGCUGCUACAGCGGCCCGUGAUGCUGGCCACAAAGUUGGCCACCUCGCUACCCUCUGCCGCCCCCAUCCACCAGGUGCGCAUUGUCAAUGGCCAGCCCUGCGCCAAAGCGGGAAACGCGUCCCUCACAGGAAUCGUGAUCACAACACCUGUGUCUGCUGCCGCCACACGCCUCGCCAGCCCCACCCCCACCCACCCGCCCUCUGCUGUCCCAACCACCGCACAGCCCAUUCAGAUCAGCAGCAUCACCGCUGAGCCCAAGCAGACUGUUAAAGCCGUGAGUGCAGCCGAGCCAAAGGUCAUCACUCCUGUCCCGCCCUCUGCGACCCCUCCUCCAUCUCCUGCCCCCAGACCCAAAAGAGAAGAGAACCCUGAGAAAUUGGCUUUUAUGGUGUCGCUAGGCCUUGUAACACAUGACCACUUGGAAGAAAUCCAGAGCAAACGACAAGAGCGGAAACGACGAACAACAGCCAAUCCAGUUUAUAGUGGAGCCGUGUUUGAGCCUGAGAGGAAAAAGAGUGCAGUGAGUUACCUGAACAGCCCUUUGCACCAGGGAACAAGGAAGAGAGGUCGUCCACCCAAAUACAGCAGCAUCCCGGAGCGGGGCAGUCUCACCCCAACCUCCCCCUCCAGCCCUGUCCGCCCCCUCCCUCUGCCCAGCCCCAGCUCUGCGGAUGGAGACAUCCAUGAGGACUUCUGCACUGUGUGUAGACGCAGUGGACAGUUGCUCAUGUGCGACACUUGCUCUCGUGUUUAUCACCUCGACUGCCUGGAUCCACCUUUGAAAACCAUUCCUAAAGGCAUGUGGAUCUGUCCAAAAUGCCAAGACCAGAUCUUGAAAAAAGAAGAAGCCAUUCCCUGGCCCGGUACCCUGGCUAUUGUUCAUUCCUACAUUGCGUACAAAGAAGCUAAAGAAGAGGAGAAGCAGAAGUUGAUGAAGUGGAGUUCUGAACUAAAACUGGAGCGAGAACAACUGGAGCAAAAAGUCAAGCAGCUCAGCAACUCCAUAACAAAAUGCAUGGAGACCAAAAACAGCAUCCUGGCUCGACAGAAAGAAAUGCAGCAUUCCUUGGACAAAGUCAAACACUUGAUUCGCCUCAUACAAGCCUUUAACUUCAAUCAGGCGCAGAAAGAGCCCAAAGAGGCCCCCCCUAAGCUUCAGGAGAGUCCUGCUCCAACUGUCCCGACCCAACCCAAACCAGAAGUGAACCAGAACUCUGUGGCCCUGUCCACAGACUCCAAUGUUGGUAACAGCGAAGAGAAACACAAUGCUACAUCCAAUAGUGUUGUGUCUACAGAGGUAACCGAGGUAACAGAGACAGUAGUGGUGGCAGAGCAGGUGAACAAUGUCCCGUCAGCAGAUAGCGGUGGACAGGAGCAGCCCGCAGAGGUGAGUAACACUGGGACCACCACAGAAGUGUCGCCCACAGCAGACACGGGGGCACCACCAGGGGGCGAUAGUAAUACCCCCUCGGAACCUACAGCGCCCAUCACAACUAAUGGGACAUCCGAGCCCGCCUGCCUCGAACACAGCCCAACGGGGAAUUCCAACAACAACAACCCCUCCUCUGAAAACAAGAUGGCCACCACCCUCAUCUCCGCGGAAACCGAUCAAGAGGCUCCCAACAACAACAGCAAAACCUCAGCACCCUCCCAGCACUGUUUGCCAGCGCUCGUCAGCAGUUCGGACACUGACAAGUAACAUCUUUUGGAGUUGUGGGAUUUGAAACAUAUAUUUAAAAAAAAUUAAGACAUUUGCUUGCGCCGAUCGGUGCCCUGAAGUUGCCAAUCUGUAUAAAUGUUGUUCGUUUGCAUCGUAUUGUCAGACUGUGUCAAUGGUAGAUAAUAUAAACAGCCCAAGUCACGUGACUCUGGGGCGAUGCAGGCUCCGCCCACUGAGUGUCGUCAUGCCAACUAAUGAUAGACGUCGAGCAGUGGGAGAGAAGAAAACACUCAAAGGGAGUUUAUCCAACAUCAAACCAGUGUGUGCCUGUCUAGUGGCCCCUGUGUUCUGUCGGGACAAAGAAGCGGCGAUAGCGACAGCAUGCAACAUGGAUGUAUUAGACCAAACAGUGUAGAUGGAUACACUAGUGGACAGGUGUGGUACUGCAGGAGCAAACAACUCAAACAAUUUUUCAUAUUUUUUUAUUAUACAUAAAAUAUUGAUUAUAAUUUUAAACCAUCAUAAAAUUUCCAGUACUUUAAACUGUGUAUGUUUUCAAGUGAAUUUGAUUAAUUUUGGAUGCAAUAUAAUUUUUACACAACUAUGACAGAAAUUAUGAAACAGAAUAUACUAAAAAAGACCAUUCACAAUUUAGUGAUAUUUUUACUUUAAAAAAUAAUCUAUAAAAUAAUAGUAAUUACUUGCCACAUUUUGUCCACUGUGGUUUGGUCACUUAAUACAGCUCCAUGACAAGCAACAUCUGUGGAGGGGCUUACUGGUCUUAAAGCAGUGUUGUGAUAGAGUAAGCCCACUGAAAUGAAAUGCCUGUUCGUCCCAUUUGUCCAACUGAACCACCAAUCAAUAUUACUACUCUAUCUCAAAAUUCUACAAGACAAAAAGUUAACCAUAGGGUCUGCAUUUGUGAGCCACAAUUUGUACAAAAGAAAUAGGGAUUCAAAAUUGUCAAUUCACUUUGACAAUAGUGCAUCAUGUUUUAAUAUAAUUGUUCAACUUCUUGUCAAAUUUACUAUACGGUUUGUUAAGCUGUCAAAUUAACUAUACAAUUUGUUAAGCAUAAAUGCCACUUCAAAUCCGAAGAUAACAUAACUCUGGUAAAUUGUUAGGCUUGCGAUAUUUCGAUAUAGAAUUCUAGAUGGUAAAAUUAGGCUAGUUUAUUAAACUUCUUUAACUCCAAAGGCCUUGUGGUUGCGGGAUGGGGCGAACAGGCUGCGUAGCCGAUCAGAUGUUGUUGUUGGUGUCAAAGUAAAGUGUAGUGAGUUUCAUUUGUGAGUCCAGUGUGUCAACUGUGAGCACUAAAUGUGAAGUUGCAAUAUCGCAAAAGUUCAACAACAAACACACACCACCACAACUACAACACAACGACAUACUAUCUGGGCUGUGUUUCUUCUUCUUUUUUAUAGGAAAAACAUAUUCAGGUCUUCCUAGUCUUCAGAAACAAGUGCUUUUUCUGUUUCCGACAAAACCUGCUGGACGAACGAAGUGGUGUGAACUUUGUGUACAUUUAUGUUUAAAAAAAAUACCAGAACUGCCAAAAUGAUGUUGUAUCCAAAUUCAGCAGGGAUAAAGUCCGCUUACUGUAGUGACAGAUCAAAAUCAUUGGCGUCUUGUAGAUAUAGAAGGAUGUCUCUGGGCUGACACAGGAGAGCUUAUUUCAACAAUAACAGUUUUAAGGAUGGCGGUUUAGUCCUUAAAAUGGCGGGAUUUGACGUAUAAACUCUAGAUACACAAAUCUCGAGACUAAAGCACAAGCUUGCUGCAUUACAGACAAGUGCUGAGGAGCUUUUGUAUGUUAAUAUGGAUUUAAGCAGAGUAUGCAUCUCUUUGUCGUGAUGUGACUUAUCCCCACAUUGCCAAUAUUUUCUAGGAGUAAACCCAAAUUUCUUUCGAACUUAAAAAAAGAAAGAAAAUCUAGGCUUGUUAUUGUUUGUCGUUUUCAUUUUUUCUCUCUAAGGAGCAUGUCUAGGCUGAAAUAUGAUGCUGGAAGUGGCUACUUGUUAAGUUUGGGGCAUUAAUGAAACUCUGGUCAGUCCAUUAACGGUGCCUCAGAUUGUGCUUUGAAUUUUACGUUGGCAACAUUAGACUGUUUUGCUUCAGUUUGGAGUUUUUGGAAGUGCUGCUUUAUUUUUUGUGGGUUAUUAGCAAGGCAGGGAAAUUACAAAAAAUAUAUUGACGUUAAUAUGUGACACUAAUUGCCUUUAAAAUAUCUUGUGCUCUUGACUCUAUUUAGACUAAUUGCAAUUCUACAUCCCACACACUGGCCAUUUUUAAAUAUGUUUACAUGGGCACAAUCUUACAUAAAUUGCUAUUUGCAGGAAUAUACAAAGUAAACUGCCCCAUAUGAGUUCACUGCAAAUUCUAUACCGUACUUUAAUAUUAUUAGUAGUAGCAAUAGUAGUACUUUCUGUAUACCUAUUAUUAACGUGCCUUUGCUGGCCUUAUAUGUUCUAAUUUCAUGAAUUUAUCUCCAUUAAUUUACUAUUAAGCAAUGCUUAAAAUGUUAUCCAAAUACAUACUGUAUAUGUAUACAAAUCUUAAGAAAAAAAUACCUUCCCUGCUUUGCUAUCAACCAAACAAAAUACAUACAAGCCUGCUUCAAAAACACAAACUCUAUAUGCGAUUAAUUAACAACCAUUCAAAAUGUGUUUACUAUUGAAAAUUAUAGUUGUAUAUUUUUAAAUAUUUACCGUAGUUAAAAAAAACAACUCAUCUAAGUGUGCCUAUGUAUUUGGAUCCUCAAUAUCAAAACUGGUGAAUACAUUUUGAAUGGGUUUUCCCAUAUCAUUCUGUAAUGCAUAUCUAAACUUUUCACUUUCCCAUUCUAAAGCCAGAGAUUGAAAUAAAUUGCCCCAUGAAUUUAUUUUACAAUUAUUUUUUUGCAAUGUUGUCCAAUCUCGAUCACUCAACAACUGUAGUUUCCAGUCCAUCCAUGUAGGACCUCCCUCCCUCUGUACAGUAGGUACCUUGAGUGCCUUUCUCUUCAAACAGCAGAAACUUAUUUGUCUCUUUCGACUUGCACUGUGACUUGUUUAAAAACCUUACUAACCACACCGCCCCCUUCUGGUAUGGUCCCGCCGUUGCUUCCCUUAAAAACGAGCACAAAAUCUAACCUUAUCUUUACAAAAUAUAACCCCAUAUCUAUACACACACCUCAGGCUGCCAGUUAGUCGAUGCAAGUUACAACUAGCAUUUCAUGACAGUUAGUUUGACCACAUAGUGUUUCGUUGUUGUAAUGAUAAUAGACGUUUAAAUGCCUUAAUGUGUUUUAUUUUUGUUCCUUUUUUAGUUUUAUACAUAGGGAGGGGGGAAAGUGGUUGUCGUAAUAUAAAGACAGUAUGCUCCAAAGAUGGCGUAUAUGAGGAAAAAAAAAAAUAUUGGGGAAAGUUUGACAGCCAGUUCAUUUAGUGAUGUACUUUUAUUUCAUAACAGUAUUAUUGUCACGAGGUACAUCAGCAAUUUGCAAAUAUCCAUUCAGAGAGUGUUUAAAGAUAUCUGUAAAAAUGAACUUCGAGGAGCGCGGUCUACAAAAUGGCAGAUUGAAAUAUAUCGCUUAUUAAUUUUUUUGGGUUAUUUUCUGGUGUAGUUCCAAACUUGUCUUAUUGUAGUUCCUUUCAAAUUUCAACAUAUGAAUUAAUGUUUUGCAAUAUUUCAUUUUUAUUUAGUUUACUGCUUAGUCCUGCAUGGUUCAAAACUGCGUAAUCAUAGUUUAAUAUUGGUUUACUUGAGAACUUAUUCCUAGUUCCAAGUAGUUACCAUAUUGUGUUCUCGUAAUCCACAGUCAGUCCACUUUAUAAUAAUAUACUGUUUAUAGCCUUAAUAAAACAUGACACAGACUUAAUUUGUAAUGAACAAACUGGUUAUUAAUAAUGAUUCAGGCUUAGUAACUACUUAAAGGUGCACUAUGUGACUUUCCUGAAUGGGAUCUGCCACCUGCUUAUCUCCCUGGAGACGUUAUUGCUUUGCCUGAAAUGUUGCACAGUAUGGUAUUACUGCAUUUAUUAAUUUACAGAUGUUUUUAUUGCUCAAAUAUACCUUAAAAAAUGUGUUAUUGCUGUGAGUGGGGUAGCCUCUCUAUAGACCUGACCUGUAAUUUGGCCUGGCGAUGUUACCUGCUUGUUUCCUUUGAUAUAGACAUGGUUAAUUCCAGACUGUGGAAAAUUCUAGGCAAAGCAAAAACAUCUCCAUGGUAGCAGAUCCUCCACAAGGGUUGCAAGAUUAAUCGCAGUUUGAAUGGAAAUGCAAAUCCUGCCAUUUUUGAAGUACCAUAAUAUUGUCCCCAAAUAACAAAAUGUUCUGUCUUAUUCUCCAUAAAAAACAGCUAACCCUGUAGUUUAGAUCUGUACAGGCAUGUUGUGAAAUGCAUGUCAUUCUUUUAUUGGCUUCAUAUCUCAGUUUUUUCGUCAGUUCUUCUGAAUGCCUUUGCUUUAACAGCUAAUUUAAGUGCAAUGCUUGUCAGAAAAUCACAAUUAGAUAUUUUUCCCAAAUUGUUGAGCCCUUUGCUUUACCAGUAAAGUUCCAUAAUGCAACUUUAAUUAAAUGGGUUGGGUAUUAAGUAGUUACUAGGCCUGAAUCAUUCAUAAUAAACUAUUUCCCUUUCUUUAUGCUUUAUUAAGGCUAAUUAAGGUGUAGCCAUUAUUAUAAAGUGUGAACUACAGUCCGACCAUAACGUUGUCUUUCAUUCUCAAUAUAAACCUAUUGCUUGUCUGCCAUAUUGUAACCUGCUUCAAUUGUCUUCAUUUUUACAGCGUUGUCAAUUGAGUGUGAGUGAGGUGAGGUGUCAGGACUUUUAUUUAAAAUCCUCCCCUUCAUGUUGUUUGAUUUUGGGUGAGUUUGCAAAAUCAGGUCACGUGAGCCGGAGCCUGUGUGAAUAAAAAAAAAAAAAAAAAGAACAAAUUAAACUACAACAUCUAGUGGGCAGAAUUAGUCCAGUGGAAAAAGCAUGCCUUUUCUUAUGCAAAUUUUAUACAAGAUUUGUCAAAACAUUUUUAAGAUAUGCAUUUGUUUUUUAUUUUCAUUUUUUAUGUGGAAUUAAAGUCACCUUUUCUUUGGCAUCCUAAAGCCAAAAAUUGUGCAGUUUUGGGAUUUUAAAGACGUGCAGUAGCCAUCUUUGUGUUUCCAUCCUGAUGCUUUACAGAUGGGUUAGGAGAGAGUUACCUCCUUAAAGGGACAGUAUGGCAUUUUGUAAAAGUAAAAUUCUUAACGUUAAUUUAUUACUUCCCUCUGUAAAUUUGGGAAAGCAGACAGGAACAAUGACGCAUUAUGUAUAACUGAAAAACAUGGGCCAGUCAAACCUAAACAGUACAUUUGGUCAUAUUUAUUACUCUAGCUAGCAUCGCCAUGUACACAUUAACAUAACAUUAUUGGACAUAUAUAAAAGUGACUAUUCUGUCCUUGGAAGUUGCUGUGUCUUAUCAACUUUUCUAUUCAUUCCAACCCGAGAACAUGCAAAAUUCCAGCACCUUCUUUUAAAGCUAAAUAUUCUUUCUUGACAAAUCCAGAAUGACGUCUCUACAUAUAUUACACAGAGGGAUAUCAGUCUGGACACCUCUCCCUCUGUCGCGUCUCAAGCCAGGACCAAACAUGUCUGUGCAAUCAGAUUCAUUUGAAAUAAAGGAGCUGAUUCACAAACAAAUUCACAUUUAUCUCACCUCAGAUUAGUUUAGUGUUUCGGUCAUUGAUUGAAAUCCACAAUGUUUUUCAGUCUCUUCAGUCUGAUAUUUGUUUCCUUUCUUUUUUCCUCAUAAGCAGCUAUAUUUGUUUUUAUACAGACGGACCACGCGUGUCCCUGAUUGGCCAAUCCACCUAUCAAUCACGCCCAUCUGAACUCUGGGAGAUUCACAGGUGACCAGACUCACAUCUUCAUAGAGUAUUGGAGAAGUGUGUAUUCUGGAUUCUAGGCAAUAAAUGUUCAAAAGUUGUGAUUUAUUAACAUUUUUUUUCUAUGGACCACAAAUUAAAAUGGGCAUUUCAUGUAACUUUUAUCAUUCACAUUUGAGGGUUACUGGCCUUAUUGUAGGGUGUGCUCCUCCCAUAGUUUCUGGGGUGUUAAGCGAAUAUUAAAUUGCAAAUGGGUUUAAAUGCAAGAUAUGGAUUACAUACUGAAUGCAUAGACUGCUCUUAUGCUCCUGUCUGCUGACUCAACCUGAGCCCAUCAACCAUAGCAACUAAUAAUCAACCCUUCAUGUAUCUACUAAAUUUGUAAAAUCUUUAACUUUUCAUUUUAAUUUGGCGUAUGCACCAUUCUGAAUGUGUAAGGCGGGGCUAGAUCAAGUUUUCUUGUAAAAAAAAAAAUAUGAAGAAAAAAUACAACUGUACGUCAUUGUAAUAGUAAAUUAUAGGUUUCUUAACAGUCAGGCUCUAAAAGUGAUCUAUCCAAAGAAAUCUGUGCAUUUUGUGUUGUUUUUCCAACGCCUUUUUGUAGUUGAUGCAUAUCAUUUUGAGUUGGAGUUUGCGAGACAGAAACGGACCAUUUUUUUGUUCAGUCUUAUAAUUAUAUGCAUUCCAAACGGUUCAUCUUUUUAUGUGAAAAUUCCAGUGUAAAGUAUUUUAUUUUUUAUUUUGUUCAAAGUCAUGAUUGUGGCCUUCUAAGUAUUGUAAACCAUGACAUUGUAUGGCGUCUAGCAACUUUAUUUUACCCAUAAUCCCAAGCUUCUUACCUCAUCCACAGCUAAAAUCCAUUUUUGGGGGGUGUGUUGAGUGCAAAAAAAAAUA